AUGAGUGUUGAUGCUAAGAGGAAACAAUCUACGAUCGAGCAGUUUUUUGGAAAGAGCUCCAAGAAGGUGAAACUGGUGGAGAAGAAAGAAACGGUACACGCCGGGGUUGACGCGUCAGUUGAGAUCGAAACUGAGGUUCAGAGGGCUGGCCAAGAGCAGCUAGCAAGUUGCUCGAGUUCAGAAGGUGCUGAUGCGAUGAGCAACAAACUUACGGUGUCAUUGAGCCCGUUCUUACGGAACUUACUCACUCUCGAGAUCGAAUCUAUGGAAUCUUCGUGGCUUAAAGAGUUGCAAGGGGAGUUCAGGAAACCGUACUUCGUGAAGCUCAAGCAAUUCGUUACCAAGGAGCAGCAGGGCCAUACGGUGUUCCCUCCAGCGCGCGAUAUCUACUCUUGGAGCAGGCUGACGCCAUUCGAUAAAGUGAAAGUGGUGAUAAUCGGCCAGGAUCCGUACCACAACCACAACCAGGCCCAUGGGCUGGCAUUCAGCGUUAGACCGCCAACUCCGGCGCCUCCUUCGUUGAAGAAUAUUUACAAAGAGCUCAAACAGAACUAUCCGGAUUUCGAGAUCGAUAAUACAAAGGGUGAUCUGACGCCUUGGGCUCUGCAGGGAGUUCUGCUGCUGAAUACAGCCCUCACUGUGAGGGCACACAAUGCAAAUUCUCAUGCAAAACAGGGCUGGGAGGUUUUCACGAGGAAGGUCGUCGAAGCACUUGUGAAGGACAGAGAGCAAGACGGGAAGAGUCUGGCUUUCUUGCUAUGGGGAAGCAAUGCGAUUAAGAUGGUCGAAUCGGUAUUGAGUAAAUCUUCCCUGUCGCAGAAGAAGAAUCUCAAAGUAUUCAAAUCGGUGCAUCCUUCGCCAUUGAGCGCCAACCGUGGAUUCUUUGGUAACAAUCACUUCAGGCAGAUUAACGACUGGCUAUAUAACGAGAGGAAAGAAAAGAUGAUUGACUGGAGCAUAGUGCCAGGCUGUCACCUGGAGGAAGUCCAGAGGGCCAAUUCGACCCUGGAAGCGUCCAAAACUGAUAAUGUCCCAGAAGUCCAAAUAGAUAUCUGA